AAUUUGAAUACAAAAUUGAGUAGGUCAAGUCACCUAAGUAUUGACAAGUACUUUCAUUGCAGCUUUCUGCACUAUUGGAUCUAGCCACAUCAUUACGGUAACUUUUGAAGAUAUACGACAGAAACGGGACCCCCAGCUGUAGAUGAUGAAGAGUGAAUGGGAUACUGAUCAUUAUCAGGUGGAAACCUUGGAUGAGUUUGAUGAAGCUCAUCGUCUGAAGAAGACCUACUGCUCCACUAUGACUGAGGAGGAGUAUGAGGAUCAGACAGCUGAAGAGACAGACAAAGCACUUCAGGAUUUGGUGAAGUAUCUGGAAUGCAAUCCCGAGACUUAUGCUCGUAUCCUGAGAAAAAAGAAGGUUGAGGAGAUGGAACAUGGAGGAAUGUAUUCCUACCUGAAGGUAAAGAUGAUGAGUCUGUUGCAUGGAGAACACUACCCAGCAUGUCUAGUUGCACCUGAGGAGGCUCAGAAUCAUCUCAACCAGCUCAAGCGAGGGAUGAAAAGGGCUUUUGAGUAUUCACAGGAGGGCAAGGCAACAAGACGCUCAUCUAGACUUGCUGCCAGGAGGCCCCUGUCUGAUGCCUCCCCUCGUCUCAACACACCCAACAAGGAAAGGUCACUCCAGUCGUCCAAGAGAGCAAAGAGAGGCUUGGCCGAGCCCCACUCAGCAGUACCAGUUGCCAAGAUCACCCCCAGCCACCCCUCUUCUGUGCCACCACCACCCCCUCCUCCUCCACCACCACCGCCACUUCCGACUAAUCUCGUCAUUAAGCCAAGAUCAAAGAAAGUGUCAUCCAAGACACGCUCCUCCAAGACAGACUUACCCAAAACAGACUCACCUGAAUCUCGCUCACCGCAAAUAGCAUCGCCAUUAGCAGCUAAUUCACCCAGUGGAGUUGACAGCUCUGAUCAUGAGUUUAUCACCCCUCCUACAGACACAAGGCCACGGAGGAAACACAGGAGGACAGUGUCCAACAGCUCAACGUCCUCUGUGUCCUCGGUGUCCUCUUUGUCCAGCAUGCACUCCGAGCUCAUGUCCUCCAACCCUCUCCGCCGACUGCGAUCAACACAAGUCAUCAGGUCACCUGGCGGCACACCUGUCCGAGCACCGGCAGACAAGGAACACCUUGCUCACUCUGAACCUCUCCAUAAAGCAUUAAUCUCGGUGAUGAAGAGGAAGUUUCGAAACAUCCGCACUCCAAGCCCUCAGUCUGCUGGACACAGCCGACUAAGCAGCCCCAACAGCACGUCAGCCUUCAGUCCGUCCCUGGUGUUUACACCCUGAAGUAUUCAUACUGUGUUAACAGUGCUACUUAAAGACAAGCUCAACAAACACAGGCUAUUUAUGCUUAGAACACCAAACAGGUUAUGAAAAAGUUGAUUAUUACAGUAAUUGUUGGUGUUGGUGUUUAUAAUUGUUUAUAUGUCAUAGACAAUGAAACUUAGGCUUAGGUAGGAAAUGUUGUGGUUUCAUGCAGUGUUCGAAAUAGACAUGGUCCUAUAAGUAUAAGCCCAAGGUUGACAGAUUUGUUCAGUAUCUGUUUUGUUCAGAUAGUUUUAAAUUUCAGCAGCCCCUUACGGCUAGCAGUAUAUUUUAAGCUGUGAACUUGGUAAAUUAAUCAUAACCCUGAGGUUGCUUUGUAAAACAGGGUUCAGCUUCAAAUUCAUCCACUUUUUAAUCAGUACUCUGCUCGUUAACCAGUCAUACUAAGCAGGACGCGAAGGGGAGAAGUGUUACGCACUCUACAAAGUGCAGUUGGUGUCGUACUACUUACUGUUGAUACC